UUGUUCAUGACAGACACAACGCACGUUUGAAAACACAGUAAUAGAGCCGGUUAAGCGUAUUUUGAACCGUUUCUUUAUACAGUGCACAUGUUUCAAGAUUGGUGAUUCAUUUGUGGCAAAAAAACUUAAGGGACUUCGGUAUACGCGGGUGACGCAGCCAAGUCAUUGAUCCCGUUGCGUUCCCCGGCGGCCGACGCCAUGUCGGAGCCCACGACUCCUGCGGCCGUUCCGCUGUUCCCGCCUCUCGUCCUUGCGAUAUUUAUUGCGUGCGUCGCCGGCGCCGCAAGCCUUGCUAACUGCGCUUUGAUUGCAGCAAUAAUAAAACGGGCGAAAAAUGGUCUGUUUUGUUUCAUCAUCCAAUUAUCGAUAGCAGAUUUCGUGAUGCUCAGUGCCUCUGCUGGACCCGAAUUAUGGUCACGUAAUACACGAACGUGGGACUUCGGGAGAAGUAGCUGUGUAGCAUUUAGAGGAAUCAGUAUUUUCGCGUCAACUGCAUCAAUAUAUUUAGUGGCUACUAUAGCAUUACACACAUUGGCGACCAUAAAUCUAGAAGAUAAACUCGCUGCACAAAAAUCUAAACGCAACAGUACUGAAGAAGAUGAAGAAAUGCGGUCUUCGCGUCACAGCCUGGUCGCUAGCAGCGAUACGUCUACUCCGCCUCGAACAAUGAAUUUGGACUAUCGGCUCGUUGAUGCUAGAGUUCCAAUUGCUCCACCUACUUUUUUUGUAUGGUUUCUAUGUGCGUCGCUAAGCAUCCCCGAAUUCACAUUAGCGACAACAAUUCGUAUGGAUCAUGGUAUUGUUUGCAGUUUAGUGGAUUCUAGUCACAAAUUAAACAUGCAUUUUAUGUUGGCUCUUUUUAACUUUUUCUUACCGGUUUUAAUCAUGACAACGAUAAGCUUUCUCGUAAGUUUCAAAUUAAUGUCUAAAAAACGUAAUAAUUUUAAUGAAUUGAUACCAGCUUUAAAAUUGUCUCUAUGUCUCAUCGUGGUUUAUUUCGUAAUGUGUGCACCGCGAUCUCUUUUAAAUUUAUAUGGCAUUUACUCUACAACCACGAUGGAUAGUGCAGAAGGUCAUACAAUAUACACAGAUUGGCUAAGAUUCGUCAGUUUAAUUUGUAGCAGCUUACACCUUUUAUCAACUUUAGUACGACCACUUCUAUGUAUAUCCUUAUUACCGCGAAUAAGAAAGAAGUUCUCGUUUGAAUUUGGAAACAGAGAUGCGGAAAAUGUUUAAGUGGAUAAGAAGGAACAGAGCUUAUAUUCAUUUUUAUUUGUAAUUAAUAAUUUUAUGAAUAGAAAUAAAAACAGUGCGUAUUGAUU